AUGGCACAUACCCUUGCUUACUUCAGCCCCUUAUCCCCAAUUUUUCCUUGGUAUAAAGUGGUGUGGUUCAAACACCACAAACCCAAAAACAGCCUUAUCCUUUGGCUAGCUGCUAGAGGGAGAUUAUAUACACUUGAUGCAAAACCAAUGCUUUACAAGCACUACACAAACAGAUGUUAUCUCUGUCAUACAGCAUGGGAACCCAUUGAUCACCUCUUCUUCAAAUGUGACUACACUUCACAUAUUUGGAGGUUUAUCCAAGAAUCUAUUGGAUUUUACAUUUUGCGAAACAGUUGGGCUGACUUAUUGCUUUGGUGCUCAAUACACUGGGCUUCAACACAAUUCUUGCUCCACAAACUUCUUUGGUCUGCUGCAGUCUACUUCAUUUGGAUUGAGCGAAAUGCCAGAGCAUUCAGGAAUCAAUCCUCCACUGCCCACAGCAUCAUUGCUCAAAUUAAGUCUUGUGUAAGAAGCAGACUUGCCUCACUCAAGCUUAAGAGUAGUUCAGAAUUAAGGCUGAUCUCUUCUCCCUCACAGCUUCAGACACUCUUCCAGCAGGGCUGCUCCACAUCUAAUGGAUAUCUCUAG